UCUUUACAAUGCUAUGAAGUUUUUGAGCUAUUUAGAUGUAAGGUAUGUGUUUAAAGGAUCCAUUGUGCCAAAUGUUAUAAUUGAUGAAAUUGACUUUUUUCAACAAUAUGUCUUACAACAAAUAACAGAGACCAGCUCUUUUGACCUCAAUAGCAUACCAAAGCUUAAAGACUCUGAAACAAAAUUUAAGAAUUUGAAUGAAUUUUAUACAGAAGCAUUAGAAAAAGUAAAUAAUCUAUUUCAAAAUAGUAAUAUCAUUGACACUUCUAUUAAUACUGACUUAACGAUUGAACUUCAGGAAUGUUCUAACGGAAACGACUCCUACUUAGUGUAUUUAACAUGUAGUAAACUUAAUUUAUUUUACAUCGAAACCAUAGAAAUUUGGUACAAAAAUCUUGGCUUUAAACAAUUUCUCAACCCUAAUACGCCUGAAUUCAUACCUCCAAUGAAUUCAGCAGUUAAUCAAUAUGACGGUAUUAAAGUUCUAAAUAUUCUUCGUCAGGAAAAUGGCUGGAAAACAAUGAAUCACAUAAAUAUUAUUUAUAAUGGUAAACAAUAUACCGUAGAUUGUGUAAUGAAAGACCCAAUUGAUCACAUGAAUUUUCAAAUAAAAAAAGAGCAUGUAACACAAUUAUUACGAUGUAGGUAUACAGAAAUAAUGAAAAACUACCAUGUAUUAUUAUCUGCUAUAUUGUUUCUAUGCAAUAAAUAUACAAGGUGCAUUGAUUAUAAUUGUAUAAUUAAAUUAUUUGACUCGUUCAACAAAUCAAUAAAAAUGCUUGAAGGACUGAAUAGAGUUUUAAUUACUUUAAAGAAAUAUUCAAUAUGGAAUUUAUAUUUAUGCUCUCAUUCGAGUUUACUGAAAAUAUUGAAAUGGAUUGAAGAUUUUAUUUAUUUAUCAAAGAAUAAUGAAUUUUCAAAUGUUAAUUUUUAUGAUAAUCAAGGACAUAGGAAAAUUGAUAAAAUUAAUAAACUUUUGAAAAUAUUUCUAAAUGUUCGAAAAAAAUUUUAUUUAGACUUAAAUGGUGAUAUUGGUAAAUUAAAUAUACGCUGUUCAAUAAAAAACCCGUUUUAUGAUAAAAACAAAAUAAUAAACGAACUAAAUUGUUCAGCAAGUACAUCAAAUAAUCCAUUUUCUUUACAGUCAACCGAAAUAUAUAUUAAUGUCUGUAAUUAUUUUGACGAUUUUUGUGAAAAAGUUUACAAAUCAUGUUAUGAAAAUUUGGGCUUCAGUAAAAUUGACUGUCUCAACAACAAUUAAGAAGAUAGAAUUCUAAAAUUUAUUAUGGAUUGGAUGAAAUUAAUUAUCCACUUUGUCUUUAUCACAAAAUAAUCGCUAGGUAUCAACAAGUUGAAUUUAAAAAUUUGAUUCCAUGAAACAAUUUUUUUUUCUGUUAUUUAUUUAUCAUUAUAUCUUAAACAUAAAAUUUAUAAAUUAUCUCUGAAACGUUUUUUUGUUAAUUUACAGUCUUCAUCAGCAUCCUUGCUACAAUUUAAUAUUUUAAGUAUUUCAAUAAAAAAAUAAUUAAAGUUAUAUAAUUGGUAUA